AUGACCAGACCGAUGAUUGUCAUGCUUCUCGAAAUAAUACUCAGCACGGCGAGCCUCGCAUCAGCUCAAGCCGCGUCCGGGGCCCUCUCGUACGUCGAUCCGCUCAUCGGCUCCACAAACGGCGGCAACGUCUUCGCCGGCGCCACGCUCCCGUACGGGCUCGCCAAGGCCGUCGCCGACGUAGACGGGCAGAACACGGGCGGCUUCGCCACGGACGGGAGCAACGUGACGGGGUUCAGCUCCGUGCACGACAGCGGCACCGGGGGCAAUCCGAGCCUCGGAAACUUUCCCCUGUUCCCUCAGGUCUGCCCCGGCGAUGAGCUGGACAACUGCGACUUUCGGAUCGGAGACCGCAAGAGGCACUAUGUCAACGGCUCCGUGCAGGCUCGGCCGGGUCACUUCGGCGUCGAGCUGGAAACGGGUAUCGGAGCCGAGAUGACCGUGGCGAAGAGGACGGCGCUGUACCGCUUCUAUUUCCCCAAGGAUGGGCAGGGCGGAAAUGGCACAUAUAAGAGGAAUACAAACGCAACGGCACCAGAAAGUCACCCGUUGAUCUUGCUUGACCUAACGGAUCUGUGGCAGAGCAGACAGAAUGCCUCGAUCGUCGUGGACCCGAUCACGGGCAGGAUGACAGGCAAUGGGACCUUCCUGCCGAGCUUCGGCGCGGGGACUUACAUGCUACACUUCUGCGUGGACUUCUUUGGGGCCGAGAUCUUCGAUACGGGCGUAUGGGUCAACAACAGAGCCGGCACUGAGCCAAAGAAGCUCUUUGUGACGAGGGGAUUCAACCUGUUCUACCUUGAGGCUGGCGGCUUUGUGCGCUUCAAGUCACUCACCAAUGACACCGUGACGGCGAGGAUGGGCAUGAGCUUCAUCAGCGCUGAUCAAGCUUGCCGCAGCGCCGAGAAAGAAGUACCUGAUCCGCUACAAGACUUUGGACGCCUGGUCAGAGAGGCGGAGACUGCAUGGGAAGACAAACUCAACUCAGUCUCCAUAGCUACGGGAGGUGUCAGUGACAAUCUGCAGAAGAGCUUCUGGAGUGGUUUGUACCGAACGAUGGUUUCGCCCCAGAACUACACCGGUGAGAAUCCGAACUGGGAUAGCGGUCGGCCGUACUUUGAUUCGUAUUACUGCAUAUGGGAUUCUUUUCGCACCCAGCACCCACUGCUCACCAUCAUCGACCCGGAAGCGCAAACGCAGCUGGUCAACUCACUGCUCGACAUAUACAAGUACGAGGGAUGGCUGCCAGACUGCCAUAUGUCGAUGUGCAAGGGAUGGACCCAGGGCGGCAGCAACGCCGACGUCGUGCUUGUCGACAGCUACGUGAAGAACCUGACUGGCGUUGACUGGCAGCUGGCACUGGAAGCUAUCGUCAACGAUGCUGAGAAUGAGCCCCUAGAGUGGUCCUUCGAGGGCCGAGGCGGGCUGACAAGCUGGAAGAACCUGAACUACAUUCCGUACCUCGACUUUGACCCUGUCGGUUUUGGCACGAACUCAAGGAGCAUCUCGCGGACACUCGAGUACUCGUACAACGAUUUCUGCCUUGCUACUUUAGCCCAAGGCCUGGGUAGGGAUGAUCUGUACGCCAAGUACAUCAAGCGCAGCACAAAUUGGCGUAACCUGUGGAGGGCGGACCAAAAGUCAGCCAUCCACGGCACUGACACUGGCUUCACCGGAUUCUUUCAGCCCAAGUACCUGAACCAGACCUGGGGCCUCCAAGAUCCCAUUGCUUGUUCUGCGCUGGCAGGCUUCUGCUCGCUUACUUCGAAUCCUAGCGAGACCUUCGAAGCCAGCAUAUGGCAGUACCAAUUCAUUGUGCCGCAGUCCAUCUCCAGCAUAAUCUCCUUAAUGGGCGGUGAUGCUAGUUUCAUUUCGCGGCUUGAUUUCUUCCACACGUCGGGACUCGCGGACAUUUCCAACGAGCCAGUCUUCCUCACGGUGUACCUGUACCACUGGCCUGGCCGGCCUGGGCUGUCGACGAAGCGCAUCCACACGUACGUGCCGGCUGGCUUCAACACCACGAACGGGGGCCUGCCUGGCAACGACGACUCCGGGGCCAUGGGCUCGUUCCUGUUCUUCUCCAUGAUCGGGCUCUUUCCAGUCGCAGGCCAGAACGUCUAUCUCAUCUCGCCUCCGUUCUUCCAGGAGGUCAACAUCACGAGCAAGGUGACGGGAAAGACGGCGACUAUCAAGAACAUCAACUUUGAUGCCUCUUAUGAGAAGAUGUAUGUGCAGAGGGCCACUGUGAAUGGGAAGCCUUGGACCAAGAGCUGGAUCGGGCACGAGUUCUUCACAGAGGGCUGGGUGCUGGAGCUGGAACUGGGGGAGAAGGAGAGCGACUGGGGGAGCAAGGUGGAGGAUCGACCACCAAGCUGGAUGGGCGCCAUGGAUAUGAACUAG